AUGAGUCAAUCAGAUAUCCCAAUCAGGUUCUACUGUGAAGUCUUUGAGACAUUCAGAAAUUUAUUUUAUGACAACACUAUCACACUUUCUGAUAAUGAAGGAAAGGAAAACUCUUUAAAAGAAGUUUUUGAAUUAUAUCUUACAAAUUUGAAUGCAGCAUUGAUAAUAGAAAAUUACAAGGAUAGUAGUGCAUAUAAUACUGAUGGAACAGCUAUCAAGAGAGUUGCUGGUACUGAGUUUGUUAUUCUCAAUUUAGAAGUGAAAACAGAUUAG